AUGUUCCUGCAUGUGCUGCCCCUAACGGACACGGCAUUCAGCAUCGUCCAGCCAGCUUUGCACCUCAAAUUCAAGGCAAAAGUGGCAGAAUUGAGCAAGUUACCUCGAAACAUUUCUUCCCAGCACACUCAGCUUUCCUCCCUUCUUCUCGACGUUUACCCAGAUCACUUCUGCUCUUCUUGGCCGUCGACUUUCGACAACGCUACGUAUCUUUUUCGGAAGACUCCACAUUCCAAGCCAGGGAUCGUGGCGCCGAUCUCGCGCUACCAUUGUUUACAUCCAACGAAUGUCGUCCUCGACCCUCGACCCUCCCCGCCUCCUGCAUCUUCGUGUCCAGACGAAGGUGCUUUGUUUGAGUUGGGCCCACGUUUCACACCCUGCCUCGCUCCGGACGGAAUUGAUGGAGCUAACGACCCCUCUUCGACGAUAUGA